UCUUAAGGGUGCUAUCGCUACAAGGAGCAGAGCAUAACAUUGCUAAACAUCAACAGACUCAGUGAAAGUGUUUCAUAAACUGUACGAAGUUCCUCUAAGUGCAUAAAAUCCUUAAGAGUGAUGUCCUCCGGCUAGACCUCUGUAUCAACGUAUGUAUAUGUACCUAAUCAAACGCUUGGCAUUGUUAUACUGAUAACAUCAUACAAUUGUAUCCAAUACAACAACCAAUCUAAAUGAAUAUCAGUAUGAGACAUAUCAAAUUUAAAUUAGCAUAUCUAGCACAUAUGAUAGGUUAAUUAUAUAAUGAUAUUAUUAGUUAAUUAGUGAUAGAUAUUCCUUCUUCGAGUUUCGUAUACAUGCAAGUUUGUGAAGGCUGUUAUUGGAGGAUGUGGGUCUAGUUCCGUAGCAGUAUCGACCAAUGGGACGCGAGGCUACGCGCAGCCGUAGACCUGGCGUAGAUCCGCGCGGGGUGCUACACGAUCGACAGACGCUACGGCGGUCCUGCUACGCCUAGGAACAGAAAAAAUGUGUUAGCGAAGUGUGAGUGGGAUUACAUGAGGAAGAUCGGCAUUCCGAAAUGCAGGGGCUCCAAGCCGCGAAAGAGAAGGCCUCUGGCCUCUUCGCCAACAAACCCCUUUUGCUCAGAAACACCCAGUAUGAAAACUUUCACGUGGAACAGAAGGGCUACGAUCAGAUGUACGAUGGUGAGGACCUCGAGACACCGCCGUCUCCCGAGCGACCACCUCCGAGACAUAUAGAUAAAUACGUCCGAGCGGAAUGCCCAUGUUUGACGGCUCGCUACACUGUGGCCCUGCUGGCGUGCUUCGGGUUCAGCAUCAUGUUCGGUAUGCGAUGUAACAUGAGCAUGGCCAAGCUUAAGAUGACUGAAAAGCAUAAUACUUCAUCCGGAGUUAAAGAAGAUACGCCUUUCAACUGGACAGUUAGCGUGGAGUCAUCAAUAGAUUCGUCAUACUUCGCUGGCUACCUCAUCACCCAAGUGCCGGGCGGCUUCCUCGCGUCCAUGUAUCCAGCCAACAGGAUCUUUGGUGUGGCCAUCUUCGCUUCGGCCAUAUUUAAUAUGGCAAUCCCUGGAGCGAUGUCUGUGGGCCCCGUGGCGGUGGUGAUGUUGAAAGUAGCACAGGGAUUUGUUGAGGGUGUGACCUACCCCUCGUGCCACGGCAUCUGGCGCAUGUGGGCGCCCCCGAUGGAGCGAUCACGCCUGGCCACGCUCGCCUUCUGCGGAACCUACGCGGGGAUAGUCAUCGGCAUGCCACUGUCCGGUCUGCUCACCGACUACAUAUCUUGGCAGACGCCAUUCUACUUUUAUGGAGUUUCGGGAAUUAUUUGGUACGUGAUGUGGCUGUGGCUUGUGUUCGAGCGGCCAAGCAAGCACCCCCACAUAUCAGGGAAGGAACUCACGUACAUCGAACAAUCUCUAGGAACGGCCACACAAGCCGCUAUGCCUGGAUUUUGGGCCACGCCUUGGAAGGCAUUCGCUACUUCACCGCCCGUGUAUGCUAUAAUCGUAGCGAAUUUCUGCAGAACAUGGAACUUCUGUUUACUCGUCAUCUUCCAAUCUGCAUAUUUUAAUACCAGGUUUAAUAUGCAAAUCACAGAGUCUGGCUUCGUUGGAGCGAUACCACAUUUAAUCAUGACCUCCCUCGUGCCCAUCGGAGGAAUGCUCGCUGAUUACUUGCGCAAGAACAACAUCAUGACUACGACUAAUGUGCGAAAGCUUUUUAACUGCGGCGGCUUCGGCUUUGAGGCGUUCUUCUUCGUCCUCAUUGCUUAUGCUGAUAAUAAGUACGUGGCUACAAUAGAAAUGACUCUUGGAGUAGCAUUCAGCGGGUUCGCCAUAUCUGGAUACAACGUCAACCAUCUCGACAUAGCUCCUCGGUAUGCCUCCAUCCUAAUGGGCUUGUCCAACGGCAUCGGCACCAUCGCUGGCUUCCUCGUGCCCAUCGUUAUUGACUACAUCACGCAGGAUAAGGAUAAACCAGAUAUGGCAAUAAAGGAAUGGCGGGCGGUGUUUCUAAUGGGUGCCACAGUGCAUUUCAUUGGCAUCACCAUAUAUGGCAUUUUCGCGUCGGGAGAACUGCAACCCUGGGCUGAGCCGACCGCGCCUUACGAUGCGCCGCUGAAAUCUUUAGACCAAGAGACCACCUUCUCGGAGAAGUCAUCAGCUCUGACCGGCUCGGAGCCCCCCGCGUACGGCAGCAUUGCACCCACCCGCCCCGCGCCGCCGCAGCCACACGUGCCCAACAACCCCUUCGUCUCCGGCGCCCUCUACCAGGCCGAGCCUAUACAACCCCCCGCCGAGUCGUACCAGGAUCUCACUGACGACGGCACUUAUUAAAUCCUACCAAUUAAGCCCAGUGGCAUAAUAUUUAUACGAAACACCUGGGACAACUAGGCUAUAUAAUCGUACUAAUAUAUGCUAAUAUGCUAUGUAUAUAAAUAAUCUUGGCCUAUAGCUAAGUUACACGACAAUUCUCUUUGUACAGACGCUAACGAAAACAACAAACAAAAAGUAGAAAUGUAAGGGUAUGAGAUUCGUUAUCAAUAGGUCACCUGAUCAACCUACAAAUUGGAAAUGUAUACAUAGCCUCAACAGCUCAACGGUAAAAGAGGUCGGACUCAUCACCUAGGGGUGGUGGUUCGAUCCCCCCCUCGUUGGUCUAUUGUCGUACCCACUCCUAACACAGUCUUUCCCGACUAAUUGGAGGGGAAUGGAAAUAUUGGUCAUUUUAAGAAAAAAAAAAAGAAAAAAAAUGUCAGCCCCAUAAAUUUUUAAUUUUCUAAGCAUUAGCAUUUGUGGAAAGGGAUUUGACGUGAAGUUAGCUAGAGACCCUUAUCAGUAUACUUACCACAACAGAAAAUUAGUGAAAAAAAGCAAAACCAUUAAAUGAAACAAUAAACUCACCAUCGAGCUUUCAAACAAAAAUAACUGUAUCAUAAUCGGUUAAUUUGUUUAGAAGCUUUUUAAACAGAUAUACUUGUAACUUAUAAUUUGUUUAAUUUGCUUUAAUAAAUCAAAUAUAUUUUUGAAUAAAAGAGAAAUUUUGACGGCCUCCGUGGCGCAGUGGUAUGCGCGGUGGCCCGAUUGAGGUUUUCUUGAUUGGUCCAGUUCUGGCUGGUGGGAGGCUUUGGCCGUGGCUAGUUACCACCCUACCGACAAAGGCGUACCGCCAAGCGAUUUAGCGUUCCGGUACGAUGUCGUGUAGAAACCGAAAGGAGUGUGGAUUUUCAUCCUCCUCCUAACAAGUUAGCCCGCUUCCAUCUUAGACUGCAUCCUCACUUACCAUCAGGUGAGAUUGUAGUCAAGGGUUAACUUGCGAAGAAUAAAAAAAAAAUCAAAAUAUCAAUAAAUACACUUGCAAACCUUGCUGUACCACAAACAACGAUAUGAUCAGUCCGACUUUAGCUAAGUUUGCAAAUAUUAUCCUUUAAGUUAAUGUACUCGUAGUAGCUAGAUGUCUCACAAUAUUAUGCCAUUGUACAUAAGGUUUUACACUUUACGGUAUGUUAUGGAAGUCUGAGAAGUUUUGCUUGCGCAGUCACUAUGUAGAGACUAACCCCCAUUCGCACGAGCGCUUUUUACGGACCUUAAAAAAGCGUUCAAAUAGAACAAAUGCAUUCCCAAGUAUAUGUUCACGCGUCAGCGUUUUAAAAACGCUUUUUUUCGAGCUGUUUUGCAUUUUCAAUUUUGAGCGUUGGAAAUAGACCUUCAUUUAACUUCAUACUAUAUUUGAACGCUUUUUUAACGCACAUUAAAAAAACGCUCGUGCGAAUGGGAGCUAAGAAAUUGGCAGUAGUUUCAUUGAAUGUAAAAUUUGUAUCGCGACUGAAAUAUUAAUCAAUUUUUUUAACUUAAAAUUGUAACUUAAUAUUUGAUAUUACCAAUUGAAAUAUUAAGUUGCGAUGAAAUCUAGUCAAGUGACAUUCUUGAGAUAUCUACUUAGUUAAUUAAUAACGAGCGUGAAUGUAAUUUGACGUGAAAUAAAAUAGUUAUGCGACUCUUAAUAUUGUACCGACUUUAGAUUUCUGAAUGUUGCUCCUGAUCUCUAUUUCAGAUCACCGAGAUCUAUCAAUCUAUCAGACUACCCAUAAAAAUGAUGUGUGCUCACCUUUAUCACACGAGUAAGGAACAAAAUAGUAAAUUCUGUGUUGAAUUCUUUACUCCUGUGCAUUAAGGCCGCUAUCCUACUGGUGAUUUUUGAACUAUGGCGUUUCUCCGACAUCUGCCUAAGCUCGAUACCAUGCAUAUAUAUGCGACGUAUCAGUCGUUGUUACAGCCUCGUUUGUUCGUUUGUCGUGACGUAACGGCUUCGUAGUUUCAGUGGUUAGCAUAAGUAGCUUCGGAUCAUUAGGUCCCCGGUUCGAAGCCUGGGUCGGGCUAUAAAAUAUUGAUAUUUUUUUAGCCCAGACGUAAAAAAUUGGUGGUGAAACACCCCCGUGUUUCAGAUAGAACGUUAAGACAUCGGCCCCUGGAGUUUUAAACAUUAUCUUAGUAAGCAGCAGUAAGUAGCGUCUGAGUCUAAUUACUUUCACUUCACGAUGAUUGGUAAAGCCGUGUAUACCUGUGGCACCGUACAAAGACUUCAGAAUGGGACUUUGCUUCUCAGACAGAAAAUAAGAUAAAAGAAAAUGUUAUCCAUAGUUUAGGUCUUUUGUGAAACUGAAAUUUAACGUUCGUCGUGUUAGCACAGCAUUGUUGCUGAUCUAAAAUUUCAGAAAUGUUGUCAUUUACUAAACGCCAAUGGGAUAGUGCCCUUAUUACCAGUGACGUAACUAUCUAUAAAUUCACAAGCCUGGAGUAAUGCCGCGAUCCCACUGAAGUACAUAUAAAAAAAUCCAUGACUAUUUUUGGGGCUUCAUCCCAUUCAAUGAAUUUGCCACAUGCCUCAGAUAUAGGCCAUAGUUACGUCACUGUUUAUUACGUUUAUCGGUGAUGCUUUGGCCGAUAUUUUUAGAUAUAGUAGCAUAUAAUAAUGCUCUCGGUGGUUAGCGUAAAAUCACAUCGUGUAUAGCGUUUCUAAUAUACAAUUAUGAUAAAAUAUUGUUUACCCUUACAAAUUCUAAUUGUAGCCUAAAACCAGAAAAAUAAAAACCUUGUCAUGUUGCGAAAAAAAGGAACUAAUUCCUUCUAUAUUUUUUUAACAAACAUUACGGCUCUAAGUUCUAGCCCUUUUGAGCCUUAAAUCCUCCCAUUAGUUUCAAAAACACAGAGUGGUUAAAAUACUUGUGGGUCCUCCAUACCAGGCUUUUAUUUUUCUGGUCAGGCCAUACAAUUAUACGUUAUUAAGUGUUAUUUCAAUUUAAUUGUUGUCUAUCGUUGCAAAUAUUUUAUUAUGCUUGGAAUUAUAAUAGUUGUGAUGUUUUAUUUGCUCAAUAUAAUUAUGUGUACAGAUGUAUAUAUUUACAUUGGCAUAUCAAUAAUAGAAAUUAUUUCUUUUGCUUUAAUUUAUUUGAUCUCUUAUACAUAUAAGUCGUUUUUUUUUGUUGGAUUUUGAAGAAAUAUUCUUUGUCCGUAUGCUGACGGGUUCUUUUGUUUAAAUUGUUAUACUAUGUUAGUUUUAUAGCUAUUUAGAAAAUAUAAAUUAAAUUAAUAUGAAACUCAGCAUACGGUGAAGUAAUUUGGUCGCAGAUUUUGACACUUUUUAGAACAGACAUUUGCUCGUUCUUGUUACUAUCUCUUGUUGUUGUAAAAUGUUUAUAAUAUUAUAUUUACGAUAUAAUUUAACUUAGGAUUGUACUUCAAAUUGAAAACAUACUGUAUAUGUAUAGGUGUAGGACUUUAAAUAAAAUGUUACCUACAAAAGGGAAGUAAUGUAUUCAUGUAUCUUCAUUUUUUUUUUCAAGAUUACAUAAAAUCGAAAUUUUGAAAUACCUGAAUGUAAUAUAUACAUUUUAAGUUUCUUUAUAUAUGUUAAUUCUAGAAACUUAAACACAUAAGAUGUGACUAAUUGUUUUUUGUUAAUUAAAUAGUUACAUAAGGUUCCUCAACACCACACAGCGGACGGGACGGACGGCGCUGCGACGCUGGUAUCGUCGCGUGGGCCACAACCUCCCGGAUAAUCCGGAAGGGAGUACAGGCCUCGAGACGUAGCCUCCUUGUCCGGGAAAUGCACAAGAGAUUUCGCUCCCCUGGUCCAGCCAUAUUUUCCAGCCCCUUUCGAGCUGAGGCAUCUUGACCUUGACCUAUGGGUUCUAUCUAUUGGUCCUUUUAGAGGGUACCGAGCGUACCGUGACAUCGUCACUAUGGUGCGAUGGGGCAGUGUUAAAAUCAGUAUAGUAUCCUCGUGGACUCCGUUAAUUGAGCCGUAGUUUUUGUGUACCGAGUUUCAAAAUAAAAAAAAAAUCAAAAAUCAUUUAUUUCAAGAUUUUUGUUUUUUUUUAAGAUUUUGAAACUUUGUUUGUUGAUAUUACAACACAAUAGUUCAUAUAUGUGUCGCGUUACCGUCCUGCCCCGUCCGUUUUAUUGUAUGGCGAAACUUUUUGUUUUACGUACGUUGUAACACCUAUGUAUAUCUACAUAAUUAUACUGGUUUUAUAUUCUGUUAACUUUAUUCAAAGUGAAAUUGGCCAUUUCCUUUCAUUGUAAUAGUUCAUUUUUAGUAUGCUGUCUCUCACAUAUUUAUCCAAUCAAAUUAUAUAUCUAGUAUGUAGGCAAUAGUAAUCUAUUAUAUUUUCAUCAUUAUUUCUCUAAACAUAGAGAUGUAAUCAUAAAUAUAAAAUAAUACCAUGCAUAAACAUUUAUAAUUAAGAUAGUAAAUACCUGUAGAUGAUUAUAAAUCAUUAUUUCUUCUCUAUAUAACUAUUUAAAUUUAAACCGUUUAUGUACAUAGUAGAAUCUAUAUCCUUUAACUAUUUAUAAUAUACAUAUAUUAUCGCUAUAACAGGCAGCAUUACUGGUAUUUAAUUAUUCUAACAUAUUUAUGUAUAAUAGUAGGUAAUAUAAGUAAAGUCAAUAAAAUAAAUCCGUGAAAUAUUAUUUUGAUUCGUGUACAUUUUAAUUAUCUGUUAUGUGCUAUUUUGAUUUUUACAUUAUUACAGAAGGACAUACUUUAGAUUACACCAACCAUUAAGCGACCGCCAUCUUUUUGCGUAGGUAAUUACAUAAAUCUGUAUUUAAUCAUAUUAUAAUUCACUUUAAAAAAAAGAUUUGCAUACAGUUAUUUAAUUUUAUUUUUUUAAUUGAUCUAAAUAAUGUAAAUAGAAUAUAUUUGGUGUUUUUAUUAUAUUUAAAUAAUAUUUAAAUAAAUAAAAAUCAUGUAAUAUAUUUUGUUUAACUUAGAAUUGUAGAAUAUUUAAAAUUACUCUAGUCAGUAAAAAUAUAAGUACAUGACAAUAU